AUGACACACACCGGACCAGACCCUGGAGGGGACAGGAAGCUCGCGGGCUCCCCAUCUCACGCGGAGGGCAUUGAAAAUCGUAGCCAGCGCUCGAGCCUCGAGUCGCUCCGGCUCAACACCCGCACCAUCCAGGAGAAGAAAUGCAGGCUCGUGAACCAGGAGAUUGACCGCCAGGGAAUGGGCAAGUAUCAGUGGUACAUUUGGGGAUUGUGCGGAUUCGGCUACAUGGUCGACUUGAUAUGGGCGCACGCGUUCGCUCUCGUCCUCAGCCCUCUGCAGCAGGAGUUGGGAUUCGGCAACGGCCAGUCGGGGAACAUCAGCACGAGCUUCAAUGCCGGACUAACUGCAGGCGCCUUCGUUUGGGGAUACUUGUCGGACGUGAUUGGACGUCGAUGGGCAUUCAACCUCACAUGUCUCAUCUCCUCCUUGUUCGGGCUUUGCCUUGGUGCAUCGCACAAUUACACCACAUUUCUCGUCUUGACAGCCUUUGUGCCUAUUGAUACCACCAUUACACUUGAAUUUCUUCCUCAGAAUAGAAGAUUUCUCCUUGCCUGCCUCUCGGUAUUCCAACCCAUCGGCGUCAUCAUCAGCAGCGUUGUCGCACUCGCCUUCAUCCCGACAUAUUCUUGCUCCCCGAACUUCUCUGAAGAAGGCUCGCUGCCUUCCUGUGUAGGACUUUCAUCUGAAGAUGUCAAAUGCUGCACUCGAUCGAGCAAUAUGGGUUGGCGAUAUCUGUUGUUUACACUCGGGGCUAUUACCAUCGUCGUCUUCUUCAUCCGAUUCUUCGUCUUCAAAUUCCACGAAUCGCCCAAGUUUCUAAUUUACCAAGGUCGAGAUGCCGCGGCGAUCCGAACGAUCCAAGCGAUGGCCAAAAUGAACGGCCAAAUAGCUCAGCUGAGACUUGAGGAUUUGACUGCGCUUGACGAGACAAGCCACGAAUCUUUUGGUAGUGAUCCCCAGCUGAGGGGAUUGAUCGAGACCAAGGCUUCGUGGAAAGAGGGCUUGGCUCACGAGACGUCUCGAUACCAGAUGCUCUUCAGCAGUUUUAGGAUGACACGGUUGACCAUCUUCACUUGGUUGACCUAUAUCAUGGACUUUUGGGGAUUCACAGUGGCAGGUCUCUACUUGCCUCGCAUCUUGGCCCUGAAGAACGGCGCAGCAUCCGUCAGCCUGAAAUCGACAUACACUGCCUACGUUUAUACUUACUCCCCCGGCAUAAUCGGCGUUCUCGCUGGCGCAGCCAUGUACCGCAUACCCUCCAUCGGCCGUAAAUGGACCAUGAUGUUCUCGGCCGGGCUCAUGGGAGUAUCCAUCUUCCUAUUCUCCAUCGUUGACACCGUGGCUAAGAACGAAGGCAUGUUCGCGAUGGAGUAUUUCUUCCAGUCCAUGUUCAACGCGGUGCUGUACGGAUGGACGCCACAGGCUUUCCCUGCAGCUGUGCGUGGAACAGCAUGUGGUGUCGCGAGCUUCUGGGGAAGACUGGCUGGGAUUGUGAGCCCCUUGAUUGCACAGCAUUUAUACGGCCGGGCGGAGAAUGGGAAUGGUGACGGGGAUAUAAAUAGCGUGUUGUAUCUUGCCGGUGGCGUUACUCUGGGAUGUGUGAUCAGCGUGAGUCUUUUGCCGAAUGACUUGAUGGAGGCGAGGGACGAGGAGUCAUGA